CACAAGCUGGAGAGCAAUAUUCGUUUUGGAAAUUUCAACUUGAAAGAAUUUCCAUAUAAAAACAACACCCAUCUCUCUCUCACCUUGUUUCCUCUUGAAUCUUUUGAUACUUUUCCCCCCCUUCAAUCCAAACGCAUACACGCGUUUUAUUAUAAUAGCAGUGAAGAGGGAAUACAUAUACAUAUAGAGAGAGAAAGAUAAAUCAUAUAUGUAUACAUAGAUGGAUAAUCACGAGUACAAUCAGAUGUUGUUUCCAUGUCCAUCAUCAUCAUCAUCAUCAUCAGCAUACUCGAGCGAUUUUCAUAAUUUAUUAGGGUUAAGCAACAACAGCAGCAUCAACGCAGGAGAGGGCAGCAGUCUUACGCAGACGGCAACACUGUCACGUCUCGGAAAUGAUAUUGAAGGAACUGAUCCAAGUGGAAGAGGAGAUCAAGUAAACAACGACAAGAAGAAGAAGAAGAAGAAAGAGAGGAAGGAGAGGUUUGUAUUUCAGACAAGAAGUCAGGUCGAUAUUCUCGACGAUGGCUACAGAUGGAGGAAGUAUGGUCAGAAAGCUGUCAAGAACAACCGCUUCCCCAGAAGCUAUUACCGGUGCACCCACGAAGGAUGCAGUGUGAAGAAGCAAGUCCAGAGACUAACACGAGACGAAGGGGUCGUGGUUACUACUUACGACGGUGUUCACACCCAUGCCGUUGAUAAACCCUCCGACGAUUUCCAACAUAUUUUGAGCCAAAUGCAUGUCUACACCCCUUUUUGAUCUAUAUAUCCUAUCCUUUUUCUCACCUUUCACACACACACACAUAUAUAUAAAAAAAAAAAAUUCGACUCUACAUUGUAUCAUGUAUCUUCAGGUUCGGUCUCUAUAAUAAUGUUUUUUUUAUAAUAUGUGAUUUGUCAAGUGUGGGGUUCAAACCUGGGGUGGAACACUCUUUGUGCAUACCCACUUACCAGUUGACCCAACCACUCUUGGCUCUCUAUAACAAUAUUAGGUUUUUUUCCCC